AUGCCUCGGUGUUACAUCGUAAAGAAACAACAGCCCCCGGUGGUGCCAACCUACCGAAACCGGGCAUCCGUGGUGACCACCGCGACCAAUGGCGGCCAUCAUCAACAACAGCACCAAGCCACCACGCGACAGGUGCUGGUGGUUAACGGGAAAUCGGGCGCUUCCGGCACGCUCAAGGAGAGUGAGCAAGGACGCACCACCAGGGGUAGCGUGGUGGGUGGUAGCAGUGCCUUGGGGAACGUGAUUGUGAAAAAUGGUGGCGGCGGUAGCAGUGGGGGGAUUGGAACCACCGGCAAGGAACCAACCGGCAACAAUCUCGUGCUGCUGAACAGUGUCAGCGUCAUUAGUGGUGGACCGGGUGGGUUGGAGGCUAGCGGUAAGGUCGAUGGCGUUGGUGGUGUGGGUGGUGGGUUUACGCUGGCCAGUGCUGGUGGAACCGGUGGGCAGCGAAAGGACGACUCGAGUGGUCCGGUCAGCCCGACCGAGGGUUGCGUCGCACCGAUUUACUACACCAACAUUUCGGAGAACAAGAGCGGUUUCACCAUACCGCUGAGCGACUUCCGGACGUUCAAAUGUGGGCCAAACAGCAACAGCAACACCAAUCUCAUCAACGUGAAGACCAACUCCUCCCGGCAUCUGUCGGUAAGUGCUUCCUCCGGUGCCACCAGCCCACCGGACGCCGGUCCGAUCGUAACGAUCCGCGCCACUCCGGGUCACCCCGGUCCGGCCCCCGGCCACCAGUCACUGCUCGCCGCGAUAGGCGCGAAAUCUGGCCGUAAUCAUCCUAAUUACGCGCUCGGCAGUAGCAAUAAUGGGCCAAACCGUCGCACCAGCAACGCCACACCAUCCACGGGCACGCUGAUUUAUGCCGAAACGGGUCCCGUUGCGCCGAUCGUGGCCGCAGCCGCCGCUGCCCAAGUGUCCGAUAAGCGGCACGAUAAAUCAUCACUCCACAAGGCCGCCGCAGCAACAACAGGUCGGCAGCAACUGCCGGCUUUGCUGCUACCCGCCACCGGUGCCCAUCCGAACACGCAACCGCAACCCGCGCAGCAUCGCGCCGAACACAGUGGCGCCCUCUACCAGCCACCACACGCUACUACGGAGAGCUCGGCCUGCUACGACACUACGGCGGCCAUUUUCCGUGAUCGCAGCAUAGAAGAAACGGAAGCCGCGCAUGAUUUAUUGUCCCUCUCGCAAAGCCUACCCCCGUUGACGGCACCAUGCGUCGUCACGAUCCUGCAUCCGGCGGGUGGUUCCGGUUCGAACGACCAGAACCUACCAGAAGCACUCACCGAUGGGGCACACAGUGCGGCCUCCAACGGCAUUAUCAGCAUCGUGGAAGCUGCCGCGGCAGCUAAUUACCAGUGCCAGCCCGGUUCGGGGCCCAUCUCGAUGAUUAUACCCUGCUACGAGCUGUCGACGACUGCAACGUCGGCUAUGUCGACUUCACCGACACUUCACGCCGACGGUGAGGUGGCGUCGAUAAAGACGAUCUCACCGGCAGGACCACUCACGCCACCCACGUCCGAGCACUCCUCCGACACCGAGUGUUCCCAUAGCACCUCGUCCUCCACCUGUUCGUCCACGUCGUCCCGCUCGUCCGCAUCCAGUGUGUUCUCGUUCGUUCGCUCAAGUUCCUCGUCGGGUUCGUCCAAGCGCUCACCGGCGCGCUCGACCAACUGCAGUCCGUUGCCAUCAGAGGGCGCCACCGUUGCAGCUAGUAGUGGUGGGCGCAGGCUAAGUCGUCGACCACACCAACAACCAUCGACAUCCGGCGGAACGUCCGUGAUAGUGAACGGGUCGACAUUGGGUGUGAACUCCUCCACAGUGCCGCAGGUGACGACUCGCAAGCAUAAAUCUUCCACACCCGCUUCCGGUCAACCCGGCGCCAAAGUGUCAGUGCUGGCUGGGACGAAAGUGUCCUCGGCUCAAAGUGGUUCAAAACCCUCGGGUGGUAAAGCGGCUGAGCUGUACACGUACGACGAUCUCAUCUCGAGCGAUGGUCGAUCGAAGAAUCGCAAGAAGGCUUCCAAAGAACCGGCUUCAGCCACGUCACAGGUUGGAAGUAAGACACCGGUGGUUCAACCCGCCGAAAAGGCGGACGGAACGGACCAAACAAUGGCGGAUUGUGAAGGAGUUGAGUCGACGAAUGGCGAGCCAGCGACCGCAGGCAGUGGUAAAGGCAAGUACAAGUGCCCCGAGUGUGGUAAGCAGUACGCCACCUCGAGCAACCUGUCACGGCACAAGCAAACGCACCGAAGUCUCGAUUCGCAAUCGGCCAAGAAGUGCGUCACUUGCGGCAAAGCGUACGUCUCGAUGCCAGCUUUGGCGAUGCAUCUACUGACACACAAGCUAUCGCACAGUUGCGGAGUCUGCGGGAAACUGUUCUCGCGGCCAUGGCUCCUGCAGGGUCACCUGCGAUCACACACAGGCGAGAAGCCGUACGGAUGUGGCCAUUGUGGUAAAGCGUUCGCAGAUCGAUCGAACCUCCGGGCACACAUGCAAACACACUCCACGGACAAGAACUUCGAGUGUGGCCGGUGCCACAAGACAUUCGCCCUUAAGUCGUACCUCAACAAGCACCUGGAAUCAGCCUGCUACAAAGAGGACGAUCCGAAUGGAGGCUCACCGGGGUCCGAUGAUGGCUCACCGGGGGUAAGUGUUGUAGGAGGACGCAAGAUCUACCACAGCAGUCAGGACAUCGAUCGGGAUGAGUACGCGAUGCGCAUUGCCAGCAGCAGAUCGCACAACUUCACGACCCACAACGAUGACAGCUGCUCUACGACGACGAUCGACGUCGUUACGGCGGAUCCGGUGGACGAUGACGACGACGAGGACGACGCCGAUGAAGAAGAAGACAUCGACAUCAUUACGACGUAA